UCUCCUCAACAUCCCCCAACAUUCUACUCCCUUUCUCUCUGAAUUAACAGAACAAUCAUUGCCCACAUUAAUAGUCCCACUUUCUCACCAAAUUGAAUUCUGAGUUUGUCAAAAUAGAUAACCAUGGCGGCAACAACCAGCUCUUGCGUGGCUAAGCCUCUGUCUUCUUCUUCUUCUUCUUCUUCUUCUUUCGAACACUUGGUCUCAAAUUCAAGGCCUAAAAAUAACAUCACUUGUUCACUUCAAACCCCUUCUGUUCUUCAUUUACCUAAACAGUCUUCCACUUAUUCUCCAUCAAGGCAGCCUAAGGAUAGCUUUACCUCUCUUUCUUUAACCACUUCUUCAUCUACUUUUUCUUCUUCUGAGAAUAAUUUUCCUCAAAAUUGGAACUUGUUACAGAGAGCUGCGGCUUUGGCUUUGGACGCAAUAGAAAAUGCCUUAAUUUCCCGCGAGUGUCAGCAGCCACUACCCAAAACAGCUGACCCACGUGUCCAAAUCGCUGGGAACUUCGCCCCUGUCUCGGAGAACCCUGUCUCUCACUCCCUUCCGGUCACCGGAAAAAUCCCAGAUUGCAUUCAGGGUGUUUAUGUCCGAAACGGAGCUAAUCCUCUUCACGAACCCGUCGCUGGCCACCACUUCUUCGAUGGAGAUGGCAUGGUUCACGCGGUACAGUUCAAUAAAGGCUCCGUCAGCUACGCCUGUAGGUUCACUGAAACCAACCGUUUCGUUCAAGAACGUAGUUUAGGCCGUCCAAUGUUUCCCAAAGCCAUUGGCGAACUCCACGGCCACUCAGGCAUCGCAAGGUUGCUUCUUUUUUACAGUAGAGCUGUCUUCGGACUUGUUGAUCCCAGCCGCGGCUCUGGGUGUGCCAACGCUGGACUUGUUUACUUCAAUAAUCGUCUUUUAGCCAUGUCGGAAGACGAUUUACCUUACCAUGUUCGUAUCACUCCUUUUGGUGAUCUCAAAACGGUGGGUCGAUUUGACUUCGACGGUCAGCUUAAUUCAACAAUGAUAGCUCACCCAAAAGUUGAUCCCGUUUCAGGCGAAUUGUUUGCUCUUAGUUAUGAUGUUGUUCAAAAGCCUUACUUGAAGUACUUUCGUUUCUCUCCGGAUGGCUUCAAGUCUCCGGAUGUUGAGAUUCCUAUUGAUGAACCCACAAUGAUGCAUGAUUUCGCCAUUACUGAGAAUUUUGUUGUGGUUCCUGAUCAACAAGUUGUGUUUAAACUACCUGCAAUGAUCCGCGGUGGCUCUCCGGUUAUCUAUGAUAAGAACAAGAUGUCAAGUUUCGGGAUAUUAGACAAGAAUGCUACUGAUGCUUCGAAGAUUAAGUGGAUUGACGCUCCAGAUUGCUUCUGUUUCCAUCUCUGGAAUGCGUGGGAGGAGCCUGAAACUGAUGAAGUUGUUGUGAUUGGUUCAUGUAUGACUCCCCCUGACUCUAUUUUCAAUGAAUGUGACGAGAAUUUGGAGAGUGUUCUAUCUGAGAUCAGACUCAAUCUAAAGACUGGUAAGUCCACUCGCCGCCCGGUAAUUUCCCAGUCAGAACAAGUCAAUUUAGAGGCUGGAAUGGUUAACCGGAACUUGCUUGGAAGAAAAACCCGGUAUGCAUAUUUAGCCCUGGCUGAGCCAUGGCCUAAAGUUUCAGGCUUUGCAAAAGUUGAUCUUUCAACAGGAGAAGUCCGCAAAUACAUAUAUGGAGACCAAAGGUAUGGCGGCGAGCCUCUCUUCUUCCCAAGAGGGUCUAAUUCAGAAAAUGAAGACGAUGGUUACAUUCUCGCCUUCGUUCAUGACGAAAAGGAGUGGAAAUCCGAGCUGCAAAUCGUUAACGCCAUGACUUUGAAGCUCGAAGCUACAGUUAAGCUUCCAUCUCGAGUUCCUUAUGGCUUCCACGGCACUUUCAUAAGCGCCAAAGACUUGGAGAAGCAAGUCUAAAGUAAAUUACUUACAGGGUUUUGGUAUAUGGGAGGAGGGAGAUUUACCAGAGGGAUGCCUGCAUAUACUUCCCCGGAAACUCCUCCCCUGUGGGUCUCUGCAUAAAUUUAUCGCCUUUCUGUCUUUCUUUUUUGUUAUUCAAUGGUGAAAGGUUUUGAGAAACCAGCUUGUAGCUUUUGGGUGUAGCUAGGAUUGAAGCUCAGCUGGUUUUCUGCUUAUUCUUUCACUAUUUGUGAAUAAGUACAUAAAUUACAGUGAAAAUAUAUGUAAUAUUUUGUUGUUCUGUA